UGGUGAAGUUGCAGGAAUGAAACUUGCUCACGAAAAAUUAUCAUGGAAACGACUUUUUGAACCUUCAAUUAAUAUGUGUCGCAACGGCUUUCCAAUUACACCAGAACUAAGACUUCGAUUAGAACGGAGUCACAGAGAGAUCAUGCAUAAUCCACAAUUAUCCGAAAUUUAUGCACCAAAUGGUAUCUUAUUGAAAGAAGGUCAAAUUCUUUAUCGGACGAAAUUUGCAAAUACUUUGGAAAUAAUUGCUAAUAAUCAUACUGAAUUCUAUAGAGCUACUGGUGGCAUAAUGACGCUAGAAGAUUUAGAAAAUUAUAAACCCAUUGUGCGUGAACCUGUCAUUGGAUAUUAUCACGAUCGUAAG